AAAUCGCUCAUAUCAUCUGCGACAUCUUCUGCGCAGCAAUCUCGACGAGAUUCUCGCUGAUGCCACCGACAGGAGCUGCUGCCUCCGCCGCUGCGGCGGCGUCGAUCGCCUCAGGAAUAACGCGUAUUGCGUUCACCCCCGCUCCGCCUGGGGCGCUCGCUUGCCAGCGGGAUUCGUCGCUGCGCUCGCUUCGUACAACCGUGCAGGCCUGUCAUGAACGCGUAGUACCAGCCACCAAGAAAACCAAGGCCCAACGCUUCUACGAACUCGAAUUGCACGACACUGGUGCGUAAGCUAUCGGCUUCCAAUUGCAACCUGUUAGAUUGCAGCCACGUAGUAGUGAAUGGAUUCCUGAUUUGAGGUGGCUAAACAAUGAUUAUGGUGCUCGUUGCUAUCGUGCAGUUCUCUUUCCCGAGGGCGGAGGCCAACCUUGGGAUACCGGCAGCAUCGAUGGUGUACCGGUGAACCAGGUGUAUGUGAAGGACGGUCGCUGUCUGCACCGCGUUUCUGUGAAGGAUGGAGCCAAGGCGCCGUUCGUGGAGGGCCAGGAGGUAGUCGCCAACGUGGACUGGGCUCGUCGCUUCGACCACAUGCAGCAGCACUCAGCGCAACACCUUUUCAGCGCAAUCGCAGAACAAUAUGGAUACGAUACUACUACGUGGUCACUUGGAGAGGAACGCUGCAAUGUGGAGCUCGUGCCGAUGAAUGGCGCUUCGGCCUCGGAGGUGACGACUGGCAAGAAGAGCGGCAAGGAGAAAAAUGUGAUCCCUGCCGAAACACUGCAGAAAAUCGAAGAAAAAGUGAAUGAAGCCAUCGUUUCAGGCCUUGCCAUGACCCCAUCGUUCGCGAAGCCAGGAACAGAGGAGUGGGAAAAGAUUGCCGCGAAGUUUGAGCCUGGUCAGACGCCCAAGGCGAUGCGAAUCGUAACAAUUGACGGUCUCGAUGUGAACCCAUGCUGCGGUACACACGUUCAAAACCUGGCACAACUCCGAUCGCUGCGUGUGCUGAGUACGGAGUAUGCACGCGGAGCUUCUCGUGUUUGGUUUGUUGCUGGAGAGCGAGUGAAUCGCGAGUUUUCACGAAUGCUGAGAAAUGAGCACGCAAUGACGAAGUUGCUGAGCAGUGCACCAGAUGAUCACGCUUCUCGGGUGGAAAGAUUGCUUCAGUUCCAGAAGAGUGCAACAAAAGAGCUUAAAAACCUGCAGAAGGAGCUGGCAGCGUCUAUCGCACGCGACCUGAUGGCGCAGACCAGCGAGGGGGUCGUCACUUACCACCGUGACGAGGGCGAUCUCGGCUUCUUGCAGACAUUGUUGAGUAUGCUUGGAGACGCCAAGAAUGACGCUGUGUUUGUUCUCACGGCUGGCGAGCUGCUCGGUGAAGGCUUGUUUCUUAUUGCCGGACCUCCCGAGUUCAUCAUUGCUCAUGGUAAAUCUGUGCUGCCUCUCAUUGACGGCAAGGGCGGCAGCGGCAAGAACGGCAUCAUUCAAGGCAAAGCGAAGGGUUUAGCCAACGUUGAUGCCUUGGUCGCGAAGCUCCAGGAAUUUCGCCUUCAACAAUAAAUUCCUGCCAGACAAGUGGCUUUCGCAAACGUAGUGCGGCCAGUCAAGCUGGCGCUGACGUUUAUUUUGUUCUAAGGAUGUUAAAAGAGAGCUUCUGGUAGCUAUUUCUUCCUGUUUUGCUGGUAUGACCAGCAUUGAUCCAUCGCUUACCCCACCAUGGUGUACCCGCGGCGACGAGCAGUGUAGACCUUGUAGGCCGCGAGCGCCAGCCCAAUCGCCAUAGCAAUCCCGAUGACCGUAACGAAAGAGUAGUGUGCGAAGCCGCGGUUGACCUCCACAACGGCUCCCUGUGCCAGUGGCGCUUGAGCUUCAUCCAGAGUUGGCUGGUGGUAGUUGCAGAUAGUCUCCCAAGUGCCGGUUCCAGCGAUGUGGUUCGUGAUGAUCUUGUUGAACUCAUCCAGCGGGCAAUCCGCAACUGAGCAUUUUGUCAGCUUGAUCUGCUCACGAUCAGUGUACGGCGACCACAUGUACGUUCGCACAAAGUAGAAUUCCUUGGCUUCUGGCUGCUUCUCAGCCUCUUCGGUGGUGAAUUCGCGGGCGCGCAAUUCGAAGAACAUGGUGGUUCCGGGGUGGAGGGAUGACACGUUGAGAGCUGUUGGUAGUCCCUUGAAGUGGAACUCCCAGCCCAGCAUCAUACCCAGGCCGUGAAGCAGCUCUCGAUGACCAUGGAAUGAGAAGUAUCGGUACUCUGCAGGCGAUGGCGCCGUCAGGACUGCUCCACCCUGGAGCGUGUUGAGAAGCAAAUCGCUAAAACCACCCACCCAGUACGUAAUUUCGCGGUCCGUCGAGUAAUAUCGUUCCAUGAGGUUAGUGAAGGCUAACUGUUCCAGUUUUUUGCGAGCUUCAACCGUUAUCCCCUCGAGAAGUGGCAGGCCUUCGUCACGGUCGAAGACAAACAUAUCUGCCAAAUCCUUCACGCCCAGCACGACAUCUUCACCAUCAGGCAAGUUGGGGAUAUCUUUGACAGCGACACCACAGGCCUCACCCAGCUGAUCGAGGACGUCGCGAUACUGGCCAAAGAGCUCUGGCGCACGGGUUUCAGCGUACACAGCGAGAUCCGCGUCUAAGGUACUUUUGCAGGGGCCCUUAGGAGCAGCAAAGGCAUGCUCGUUUUCCACGAGUUGCAUGGUAAUGGGCACAGGCUGGCGCGGGAAACCUUGUGGGCCCGUUCCGUCUGGGUAGAGGCCGUAGCCCACCGCUGUGGCACUCUGAGAGCAACGCGUCGCGGCGUCGGCUCGGAAAUACGCCUCGAAAUGAGAGUGGUUAACACCGUUAAGCGAGCGAGACAGGAAGGCUUCCUCGUGCUUUGGUUCGUCCACCAUGUAUGUGUGACGGAUGUGCUCGCCGACAGCUUGCAGCUGCUUCAUACCGAUCUCCGUGAGCUGAGUGAGUGGCACCUUGUACGCGUCCAGGUUGGCUUUAUUGCGCGGGCACGUAAACUUCACCACGUCGUUCGGAGCCCGACUUCCGUGACGAGAGAGCGUUACCAGGCGGCGGAGUUCACUGCAAUGAAGCACAGCGUUGUAUCAUCGGUCAGCAAUGUUAAUGGUACCAUCAUUUGAUGCGCACGAGACGUACCUUGGUGGAGCUUGAUCGGCCGAGAUGGCUCCGUUGGCCAAGACUGCGAGCAUCAGCGCAGAGGCGACACGGAAGGCGCGCACCAUGUCUCCUGGAUUGCGACUUUGGAUGAGAUUGGAAGAGUGAGGUCGUGGUCUAAAAAAGAAGGCCCGUUUCUGAGUGUCCCGAUUCUGUACGCAUUUAUUAUAAGGGGCACCUCGAGAUUCCGACGAGCAUGCGUUUGGCCGGUGGUGGGCACUACACGGUAACUUGCCGUCUUGUUUUGCAACUGUAGCAAAAACGCUUUGCCGCCAUUAGCGAUUGCCGUAGAAAAGAAGCGAUUACGCACCGUGAGUUUCUAGUCAGCAGCUUUGAGUGACCAAAGUCUGUAGUGCAUUUCAUAGCAGGAAGUUAGUCUACAUUCUGGGUAAUGCAGCUACACGUACUGCACAGCACCACCAGAUUAGCAGUUCGAAAAUGGUAUAAUGGAAGAUUGCGCUGCUGUCUCUACAACGACAGUGCAACGACCACAGGACACUAC